CCGGAGUUGGCAUACGAAGAGCUGCGCCAGGCACUCUAUGAGGAAACUUUAUCGGUGAGUCCGUUCCCCGUCCUCUGUGCGUCACCACUAUGAGGGCCAACCGACUAACACUAUGCAUGAUCGGGGAUUCGCAGCUAGCGCGGGACAGGGGUCUGUUUUCCGCGCGCAGCCUGAAUGAGUCCCUUCUCCCGGCUGCGGACGCGGAGGAUGCGCGAUGGAAAGCAUGGGCCCGGAUUCAGUCGGCGCAACGCCUGGCCGCCUCAUUGAUUUUGACCGAUGCCUACUCGGCUCAGGUGUUGGGGGUCGCUCCUAUUCUCGCGCCGGGAUCUAUUCUCAUCCCUCUCGUACGCCAGGACGAGCUGUUCAUGCUGGCCUCCGCGCAGAAGUGGCAGAACCAGAUCGGCCCCGACACCUGGUUGCAUCAGCCACUAGCCGCACCUCUUGAUCCGCGAAAUCCGGUGCCCGCGGGGAUGACGGGAUUUGGCCUCGAGGUCGUCUUGACCGUGAUUUGGCUGUGGAUCUGGAGCUUCAGCCAUCAAAUGCAGAAACCGGCGCCGUGGUUCUUGGAAACCUAUUCUCCCAAACCCGGGCUGCUAAAUGGCUGCUCUUAUAAUGGCACGCCUAGCGCGCUGGGCGCCGCCCUAGUGCAGGCAUUCGACAGCUGCCGGACAGAACUCGAGACCGGCAACACCAACUUGUUCAUUCUCUGGCAUUACCUCGGCAUCUCGCUCACCACUGAUCUUGCCACUAUAGAGGACGCUGCGGGGCGUAACGGGCCAGAUAUGGCCAAGGUCGCUUUGGCAAAACUGCGACUGUGGGCACGAUCGUCCGCCGCGCGACGGGCGUGCCUGCACGCGGCCCAAAUAUUCGUGCUCAUCACGCGUCAUCGUCGCUCGGAUGGGCUCAUGCUGCACACGGAACUGGCGCUGUUUCACGCCGCCCUCGUGAUGGGAUUCUAUCAACUCACUGCGCUCGACUGGAGUGGGAGUAAGAUUGCAUCCUUUGACCUCUUCGACCAUGUUGACUGGACCCAAGUUGGCUCGAUGGGGUUGUGCGCCCCCGAUCUUCCGGAAGAUGCCUCGGCCGCCCAUCCCAAUUCUUCAGCGACUGUGAACUUUAUCCAGAACGGCGGGCCUGUCAGCUUCCGUGGUGCCGAGUAUCGCAAUCCGUACGGGGCAGCCCGGCGGUCGUUCAUGAACGUGGCCUUUCAACUUGAAGAAGUGGGCCAAUGGAACGUUCAAGAAUAUUGUAAAGUCCUCCAUAUCAUUGCUGACACCCUGAUAAUGUCGGAACAAGAGACCGGAAUGGCAUCUUGACCCUCAAAGGUCGUAGGCGUCAAGAAGUGGUCAGACGCCAGGUAUGCUGGCCGAAGCGUAAAGUUUGUCCUCUUUUGCGUUUCACGCCAAAGUAUGCGUUCUGUGCCAUUAGACCUCCCCUCAUAAUCCCCGCUACCACCGGAGCACGAGCGGUAAGCAAUGAGUUAUAGGUGCAGGUGAAGCUCUCCUCUUGGG